UUCUUUCCUAGCUUGUUUGUUCACUACUAACUUCACUCCCACCAAAAAUCUCUCUCUGCGCCUCAAUGGCGUAUCUUUCACUGUUUCUAUAUCUGCUUCUCCUUCUCUCUACUUUUUUUUCUCUCCCAACUUCUCCUUAGCUUUGCUGUACUACGCUUCGUUACAAGUGCAAGUCCUAGAAACUCGGGACGACCCAGUUCCUCUCUUCUUCUUUGCUUUCAUUGCUCAUUCAUAGUCGUCCCCCCCUUUACUACUUCCUUUGACUUGACUUAGACUUCCCUGAUUUUUUUUAUUUUUUUUUUUCAUUUCUUUCAAUUACAGAGAAUUUUAACAGUUUAAUAGAGUUCUGAUCCAUGUCCAAAGGAAAAGAAAUAGAGGGUGAAGAAGAAAGAGAGGAUAUGUGUGGCAAUGACAGUGAAGUUGGUAGUAAGAAACGGCUUCUUGCCAGGGACUCUGGUACUCGCAUUUGCAUUAAUUCUCAUAGUUCCUCAGGUGGAGAACCUCAGGAUGCAGAUUAUUCCGUUGCUUCGCUGAGUGAUGAGUUAGAGGCUCUGAUCUUGGCCAGGGUUCCAAGAUCAGAAUACUGGAAGUUCUCUUUUGUGAGCAGAAGGUUUUUCUCUCUUGUGAAGAGUGGUGAGGUGUAUAAGAUUAGGAGGGCAAUUGGGUUUAAAGAACCGUCUGUUUUCAUGCUCUCUAUUGGGGAGACUAGCUGGUGGGCAUUUGACAGGCAAUUCAGGUGUUGCAGGAAGCUUCCAAUCUUACCAUCAGACGUGUGCUUUUCAAGGGGGGAUAAGGAGUCGGUUUGUGCAGGGACUCAUCUGAUUGUUUCAGGAAAAGAACUUGAUGGUGUUGUUGUUUGGAGGUAUGAAUUGGCAUCGAACAAAUGGCUCAAGGGUCCUUCUAUGAACAAUUCAAGGUGUUUGUUUGCAUCAGCCACCUGCGGCACCUCUGCUUUUGUAGCUGGUGGCAUGGGAAUGGAGAGUGAAGAGGGAGUGUUGAGUUCUGCUGAGAAAUAUGAUCCAGAGAGCAAAUCAUGGGAGCUUCUUCCAAGGAUGCAUCAGAGGAGGAAGCUUUGCUCUGGCUGUUACAUGGAUAACAAGUUCUAUGUGAUUGGAGGGAUGGACGAGGAGGGGAAAGGUUUAAUUUGUGGGGAAGCAUUUGAUGAGCAGAAAAACACAUGGGAAUUGAUCCCAGAGAUGUUGAAAGAUACCCCCGUCUCAACUUCCCAAUCUCCACCUCUUGUUGCAGUUGCCAACAAUGAGCUCUACUCACUUGAAGCUUCCUCAAACGAGCUGAAGGUCUACCUGAAGAGGAGCAAUUCAUGGAAGAUUUUAGGACCAGUCCCAGUAAGAGCUGAUUUUAAUAGAGGAUGGGGCAUAGCAUUCAAGUCUCUGGGUGAUGAGCUUCUUGUCAUUGGUGCGUCGUCGGUUGCUUUUGCAGGCCGUGGCAUGGCCGUAUACACUUGCUGCCCAGAUCCACAGGCUGAUGAAUUGGAGUGGAGGGCUCUUGACUGUGGCACUAACCAGCUAAGCCACUUUAUUUGGAACUGCUCUGUCAUGGUAACCUGAAAGCUCAAAUCGAUCUGAAGCAGUGGCUCUAGAGUUGUUUGAUAUGAGUGUCUGAAUCAGAGUUUCUUUUUUCUUUUUUCUUUUUUCUUUUUCUUUUUCUUUUUCUUUUUCUUUUUUUGGGUGUUUGUCAGUACAACACAAGCUUAACUGAGUUUGCUGUAAUUUCCUUUUGCAUUACUUUAAGCGUUCCGUGCCCCAUCCAAACUUUGUGAUGAUGACAUAAGGGUCAUUUGAUGAAGCUCGCUGAUUUGAUCUUUCGCUUCUA